CCAAGUCCGUUUAAACCUAUAAGCGUGGGUUUUUAAGAAUGUUUUCAAUGGGGCAUACCAUUUUAAAUGGGAUAAAAUAAUAUGCAGCGAGAUCUCAAAUGUUGAUUUGAAUGUACUACAGUUCUAAACUUCGACAUUAAAAAUACAGGAGAAAAAUAAAAAUGAUAAUGUGAUAUGCAACAAGUAAACAUAUCAUUAGUGUUUUGGCCUACCUUGCAAAGUAGAAUAAUGAUGUGUAUACUAGCAUUAGUUGAAAUGUCCACUAAUACAUGUGAUAAGAAAAGGAAUAUCCAGUUAUUUCUUCUGUAACUUUAGAAGGUCUUGAUUAAAAAUAUAACAGUGUGGCUAAAUUAUUUUUGGCUCUACUUUCAUGUUGUUCUGUAGCGUAGCACAGGCAUUUUACUAGUUUGAUAUGCAGUCUCAGUAUAGCCUAGGUCUCUUUACAUAGUCGUAUUAGUUUAAAUUUCCUUGUACCACAAACUAAUGUACUAGGUCUCUUUACAUGUAUAUAUAUUUGCCCCAUGGGCUAUGCAAUACAACUAAGCUGCUCCAAUAACAGUCUCCAGAGAAAAGGAUUGCAUUUCCGUUCCGAGGCCCUCCAUUUUAUACAUGGGUAUGAUCAUUUGUGUUAGGAAAUAUGCAACUUAUAUUUCCUGGGGGGCAAGGGCCAGUAUAUAUACACAUGUACAGGUGGUAAAUAUGCAGAAAAUCCCUAUACAAUGUGGAAAAUACACAUGCUAUAUAUGGAACAUAAUAUAACUAUCACAUGGGUCACAGGAGCAAAAGUCUCAUCGUAAUCACAAUCAUGCUCCUGCUGCCCACGAGCCACAGGACAAGCUUUGUAGUGCUCAAGAGAAUCAUCAAAGCGAGUCUUAACCUUGUAGACCCUACAAGUGAUGGGACGAACACGGGGAUGAAGAGAAAUGAGAUCCCACAUGCCGGUGCGCUCAAGAGGAACAGUCUCCUUUGCCAUCGCAAGCUGCCAUUCGGGGUGAACAAUAGCAUCAGAAUAAGAAGUGGGCUCAAGAACAGCGGCGCCAGCGCUUGGAAGGCCAAGGUGGUCAACAGGCGGAAGCGGAGAAGGACGCAAGCCAUAAGUAGGCCGAGUCGCUCAGAUGAGGAAGAUGGCACACGAGAAGUAGAUAGUGCAUCAGUAGACUUAUCCACAACAUGCGGACGACGAGUAUAAAUGUGAGGAAAAGAUGGAAGAAUACGAGGAGGAAUCACCGGGAUAGUCUCAGGUGAUAGAGACGGGGAAGCCACCGGGGAUGAAGGUACGUAAUCCUGUGAUAAGUGAGGUGAGGAAACAAUAGGAGAUGGUGGCGGAGGAUCUGCAGUAGUCGAAGAAGCAGGAGCAGUAGGACGGAUGGGAAAAGACUCAACAAGAGCGAUAGGAGCGUCGGGAAAAGUGAGGAAAGAGAUAUCCUUUGUUGAGUCAACCAUGGUCUUCGGUGAACGUGCAGCUGCAUGCAUGCAGCACCAGCGGCAGCAGCUUCCUUUGCAUGUAAGGAAGUGGUAGUUACCUAGUAGCUUCCUAGUAGUACGCUUAGAUGGUGCAAGGAACUUACCUAGAGGUUUCCUUGAUAGUACAUGGUAGUUUCGUGUGUGUUGUGCACGUCCAGCACAUAGUCGGUUUUAGAACCACUAUAUAAGGGGCAGCUCCCCAUCGUUGUAAGAUAAGGCCAUUCCAAGUUUGCAAUACCAGGCAUUUCCUCCUUCUAGUACCAUCGUGUGUGCUCCAAGCCUCAAGUGCUGUGUAUUACUACUACUGCUAUUAGUGUGUGUAUGUGAUACACUAGUGAGUGUGUGAGUAGUACGUGUGUGUGCUCAUCUGCCGGUCGUUUAUCAGUGUACUCAAGUGCUAGCGAGUACUUCUGGGCUAACAAUUGGCAUCAGAGCCUCAGGUUGUGGUAGCCAUGGCCGGUGCAAAAGGAGUGCAGCAGCGCACCACAUCGGGUGGUUCCCAGUCGUGGCUAUCACAGGACGGCUCCCAGCGAGGGCGCAGCUGGUCCAGGCAUGGCCAUCGCGGUGAAGUCGUGGUUAGGGAGAUCGUGCGCGAGACCGCAUUCAGCGGUAGCGUACCCAUCACCUUCCCGAUGCUCAUGCGCUCGAACUACAGCGAGUGGGCAUUGAUCAUGGAGUGCAACCUCCAUGCGGCGAGCCUCUGGGCUCCCAUGGAGGAUGACCUGGUCGAGAGAAAGGAGGACAGGAAAGCCGUGGCGGCGCUUAUGCGUGCCACGCUGCCGGAGAUGCACGGCAUGCUCGCGGCGAAGGCAAGCGCCAAGGAGGCGUGGGAAGCCAUCCGUACCCAGCGCCUCGGCAGCAACCGCGUGCGUGAGGCGAACGCGCAGAAGCUACGGGCGGACUUCGAGAACAUCGCCUUCAAGGAGGGCGAGCUCGUCGAUGACUUCGCCAUGCGGAUCUCUAGCAUUGCGUCACAACUCUGAGCGCUCGGCGACACCAUGGACGAUGCGAGAGUCGUGCGGAAAUUUCUCCGCGUCGUGCCACCUCGCUUCGCUCAGGUAGCGGUCUCCAUCGAGACCUUGCUUGACCUGAGUGAGCUCUCCAUCGAGGAGCUCACGGGCCGGUUGCGGGUGGUCGAGGACCGCAUUGACGACGGCCGCGAGACCUUUGGCGGCGGACAACUCCUAUUCUCGAAGAAGUGGGAGGCGAGGAAGCGUCAAGGACGUGGUGGCGGUGCCCAGAGCAAUGGAGGUGGCACCGGCAGAGGCGGUGGUCGCACCCAGGGUGGAGCCGGACGAGGUGCCGGCAACGAUGACCGAGACAAGUGCCGAUAUUGCAGCAUCAAGGGCCACUGGGCCCGUGAGUGCCGCAAGAGGAUGGCUGACGAGGAUGCCGCAGCCGCGGCGAACCUCGUCCAGGCUGAAGAGGACUGUGGGUCAGCAAUGAUGAUGGCUUGCAUCGAGACCAUGCAGGAAGGCGCAACGCCUCCGGAGACCAUGGUCCCGACAAGCAUCGAAGCCGUGCAGGAGGGCGAAGCACCUCGGGCGACCACGGUGCCGGCAACCGUCAAGUCCGUGCGGGAGGCACGGAGCUCUUCAAGUAAACCCCUCCCGACAUCGGUAGCGCUCUCCCCGACAACAACAUUCUCGGGGGCCUACGACUGCAUGGAGAUGAAGACCCGGGUGUGGGGGAGCCACACCCCGGCAACCACAUCCCUUGUGACGCUGGUCAAGCCCGUGCAAGUUGGCACGACAAUCACGGCCCCGACAUCCUCGGGACCCGACAAGCCCGUGCAAGUUGGCACGGCAAAGACGUCGCCGACAUCCUCGGGACCCAACAAGCCCGUGUCAGGAGGCACGGCAACGACGCAUAUGGUGGGCCACGUCUCAACCAUGAUGCUGGCGACUAGUGAGCCCGUGCAAGAGGCACGGCACUCAGGUCGGCCACACCCCAACAACCAGGUUCUCGGGGUUCUGCAAGCCCGUGUGGGCAACACGACACUCUUCGACAAGCCUCAACUGGGGGGCGAUGAAGAGACGGUCAUGGGGCGACAAGGCCUCGACCAUGACUAAGGCGACCGUCGAGACCGUGCAGGAGCCACGGUGCUCUAUGGUCGGCCACACCAUGACCUCGACAUGUUUGGGGUCCAUCGAGUCCAUGCGGGAGGCACGACACUCUCUGGUCGGGCACGCCCCGACCACACUGGUGGCGACUGUCGAGACCGUGCAGGAGGCAUGGUGCUUUGUGGUCGGUCACACUGCAGCCCCGACGCGCUCAGGGUCCGUUGAGUCCGUGCGGGAGGCACGACUCACGACUGUCGGGGGAGACCUGACAAGCAAGUCUGAUGAGAAGAAUGACAAGGACUCCGCUUUCCUAGGAAAAGCCACUCUUGUCAGUGCGGCGCCCGGCACAACAACCCUGGGAAGGGAGUUCCCGGGUAAUGCGAAGUCCGACAAGUCAUCCACAGGAAGUGAGUUUCUGGGUAGCAUGACGUCCGACACGACGACCCCGGGAAGGGAGUUCCCGGGCAGUGUGACGUCAGGAACUAUGACCCCAGCAAGAUUGACGCCCACAAGCGAGGUGGUUGCUGGGCAGUUCAUGUCCCCGCCAACAGCGCGGUCGGACCUGUUCGAUGCCGACAACAACGUUGGCGCUCCACAUAGGUUCCGACGCCUAGGGGGAUCUUCUCGGCGAACCUGCGGGACGACCGCAGCACCCUGAGAUCAAGAAGGACGAGCACGGCGCCUUCAUCAAGCACAAGGUACGGCUCGUCACGAAAGGUUACGUACAGCGCGCGGGGGAGGACUUGCUCGCUCUGGUGGCAAAGCACGAGCAGGGCGUACGGGCUACACAAAGCCCCAGAAGACGGAUAUCCCGACGAAGGCAACGUCCGGUUUCACAAGUUGCACGAUAAAGUUGGAAUCGUCAACGUCAAACUCCUUCGACAAGGUUGAGGGGGAGAUUGUUGAGUCAACCAUGGUCUUCAGUGAACAUGCAGCUGCAUGCAUGCAGCACCAGCGGCAGCAGCUUCCUAUGCAUGUAAGGAAGUGGUAGUUACCUAGUAGUACGCUUAGAUGGUGCAAGGAACUUACCUAGAGGUUUCCUUGGUAGUACAUGGUAGUUUCGUGUGUGUUGUGCACGUCCAGCACAUAGUCGGUUUUAGAACCACUAUAUAAGGGGCAGGUCCCCAUCGUUGUAAGAUAAGGCCAUUCCAAGUUUGCAAUACCAGGCAUUUCCUCCUUCUAGUACCACCGUGUGUGCUCCAAGCCUCAAGUGCUGUGUACUACUACUACUGCUACUAGUGUGUGUAUGUGAUACACUAGUGAGUGUGUGAGUAGUAUGUGUGUGUGCUCAUCCGCCGGUCGUUUAUCAGUGUACUCGAGUGCUAGCGAGUAGUUCUGGGCUAACAUCCUUCACUGAGAAGGUCGAGGAAGAUGGACGCCGGUAGAAAGGGUGAGACUCAUCAAAAGUGACAUCCUGAGAAAUACGCAUCCGACGACCAACAAGACCCCAACAAAUAUGCAACUUGUAUUUUCUGGGGGCCAAAAGCCAGUAUAUAUAUACAUGUACAGGUGGUAAAUAUGCGGAAAACUCAUCAUACAAUGGGGAAAAUAUUCAGGCUAUACAUGGAACAUAAUGUAACUAACAAUUUGAACUUUUAGAUGAAUAUAUGAUAGUUUCUGGGAUCUGGUAAUUUUGCUGCUGGGUUGGGAUAAAAAAAAUUCUCCAGUUUUAGAAUCAUGCACAUAUUAGACAUAAAACCAUUUCCCUGCAUUUUUCACAUAGCUCACAUUGGGGCAUCUAGUAAUUAGUAAUGAGGUAUAUUAGUUGCGCUUCAUAUUGAUUUUGUUAGUCUUUUUGGUUAAAUAAAAUAUGUUAUGCACCUACGACAAUUUUAUUUGAUCUAGUAUGUGCUUCCUUGAACACACCUUCGGAGAUCUUGCAACCUGCAAGUCGUGUCCGCAGGUAGUUUUGCAACUUUGGGACUGGAUUAAACUCUCAAAUAAUGUAUGAUAUGGUUGGGCAGUACUAGAAAUGGUAUGCUUUUGCUGGAGUUCAUUGAGCCAAUGACCCAAAAUUAUAGGCGUAGCCUUUUCUUUUCUGUGGUAGGGUUGGGUAGUACUAAA